AUGGACACUGCAGCUAGUGAUACAGCGGAGCCUGUGGUCAGACCCAAGAGACAAAGUAAACCACCUUCACAUCUGAGUGACUAUGAGGUUGGCUACAUACCUCCAGUGGACCCUCCUCCAAUCUCUUCUUCUCGCUGUCACAGCCAACAUAAGAGCCAAUCGAGGAAAACGUCCCACAGUAAAGCCAGCUCUCAUUCCAGAUCCAGUGGUCAUUCCAUUAUCUCUGGUGUGCAAGCUACUUCUGCACUCACAAGCAGUCAGGCAGCCAUGGUGGAUGAGAGAAUCAAGCAGAGGCAGUAUGACAACCUACGUCAGCAGAUAGAGGAGGACACGUUGGCAGAAAUAGAAUAUCAGAGGCUGCAAACACAAGCUAAAGAGGCUCAACGUGUUCAGGAAGAGGCUCUCAUGGCAAAGGAAGCACUAACUAACCAAUUAGAACGACAACGUAAGCUAAAAAAGGCAGAGACUGACCUAGAAGUGGCCAAACUGGUGAAUUCUUUGCUCAGCCAAGACUUGAGUGUGGAUGAUGCAGGUUCUGAAGGAUCCCCAGACACAACUGUGCCACCACCACAGUCACUUCAUGCCAGCCCAGUCCAGUCUCAUGUAUAUCCGCAAUCUCACAGCCCUGUAUUGUCCAUGAUGCAAGCAAAGCAGACUGUCUCAGAGGCACAGAGCACAUCAAGGGGACCAUGCAUAGUUCAGUCACUCAAAACUCCUCCAUUGACAUUUCAAGCAACUAUGCCAUUACAGGAGAAUAUGUCACAUGUCUUGCAGCAGCCAAGCCCAGUCUCAAUACCACUACCUCCAUUCAACCCUGUGCAACAAGCAGCGACUCAGCUUGCGACACCAUACACAGGUAGUGUUCUGAUAUCACCGACUAGACCUCCUGUAGCACCCAUUGCAUCAACCUUACAUGUGAAUACUCCAUUACAAAGGCAAUCAGCCCCUCUUAUGAGUCAGAAUCAGCCUAUUCCAACCACUCAUCAUAGAGCACCUCUCUUAUCUAACACACCUAUCUGCCCUCAACCAUAUUCACCUCUACCUGUUCCUCAAGCUGGUUACAUACCUCAACCCGGGACAGAACUUCUGAUGGCAGCAGCCUAUGGCAUUCCUCGCCCCACACUACCAGUGUUUGAGAGUGGCACUGAAAGUGACUUUGCCUUGUUGAAGUUGGCCUUAGAUAAUCUCUUAAGUCACCAUACUCACAUCAGCGAGCAGUACAAAUACCAAGUGUUGCUGAGUCACCUGAAAUUUGCUAGUGCCCAACAACUGGCUAAAGCAUAUAUGCACCACCCACAGCCAUACACCACAGCCUUGCAAGCUUUGCAGGAGAAGUAUGGCCAGCCCCGGCAGCUUGUGCAAUCUGAGUUGGGUGCAAUCAUGAGUACACCACCCCUUAAAAUGGGUGAUUCCAAUGCAUUCGACUCAUUCGCCUUAUCUGUCCAGUCCCUAGUAGGCAUGCUGAGAACACUGGAAGGUCAAAACGGGUAUGAGCUCAUGUGUGGUUCUCACGUAGACCGCCUUCUGAGUAAACUGCCACCAGCUUACCGAGACAGCUUCGUAGAAUACUGCCUGAGUCAUGGAAUUCUACAAACUGGUACAGACAGAACCUAUACUCUCCCCGACUUAGCAUCCUGGUUACAAACGAAGUCACAAGCUAAACGUAUCUCAAGCCGAGCAGCCGCUGUAUUUCAGUCCGACACUACAAAGUUAUCUGGGAAGAGUAAAUACACUCCAUAUCAUCGAGAGCGUUCAACACCAAUACUUCUGACAUCAGAGAAAUCUGUCAAGCCUUUUGCACCGGCACAGGUAAAAGUCAUUUCCAAGCCAAAGCCCUAUUGUCCUCAUUGCGACAACCAAGAUCACUAUCUCAACUCCUGUGAUAAAUUCAAAAGGCUGACCACUGCACAGAUCAUCACCUGGAUCGCAGAGGGCAAACGCUGUUGGAAGUGUGGUCGGAAUCAUUCAGCUGACUCCUGUAACCUCAAGCGACCAUGUAAAAUCUGCAAAGAGCUUCACCUUACCGUGCUGCAUGACUCAAUUAAUGACACCUCCAGAGCAGUGCUUAUGGUAAGCCUACCAUCGACACAGAUCUAUCUAGAUAGACCCAACCGCUCACAGAAAGUCAUGCUUAAAGUAGUCAGAGUCCUCUUGCACAAUGGUGGCCGAACAAUGGAAGCUUACGCUGUCUUAGAUGACGGCUCUGAAAGAACUAUCGUCCUUCCCCAAGUGGUUCAACAGCUCAGGCUAAAUGGAGCUCCAGAAGUUCUUCCCUUGCAGACAAUCCACCAGAGCCAUACCAAACUUGAUGGGUCCACAGUAACCUUUGAGGUGUCUUCUCUCACCAAACCUACUGAGAGGUAUGUGAUUCGAAACGCAUUUACUGCCUCUGGUUUAAGCCUUGCUGAACAUACUUAUCCUGUGGCAGCACUCCAGAAAGCAUAUCGCCACUUGAGAGGUCUACCCUUACAGCCAGUUGACAACGUCAAACCCUUACUCCUCAUAGGGUCUGAUAUGCCACACCUCCUGAUGCCAGUUCAGCCAGUGCGAAGAGGAGCAGAGAGCAGCCCCAUUGCCAUAUGUACCAAGCUUGGUUGGGUACUGCAAGGCCCAAUGUGUCCAAUUCAGCCCCCUAAAGGUCUGCAACAAUGUUUGCAUAUUAUGACAGCCCCAACACAUGACGAGCUGUAUCAGCAUGUUGAGCGCUUGUGGCAAGUUGACACUGUUCCAUACAAUGAAAAGGUGAUAACAAGAUCGAAACAAGACCAACAGUGCUAUAACCUUUUGCAGACUGCCACUGUCAGAGUGAACGUGGAUGGUGUCCAGCGGUAUGCUACUCCACUGCUGAGGCGCACUCCUAUCACUUUGCUUAACGCAGGGAUGGAGUCUGUGCUCCCCAGCUUAAGAAACAUUGAGAGAAAACUGGCCAAGAAUCCUGAGCAAGCACAAGUUUACUGUUCUGAGAUUCAAAAGCUUGAAUCAGCAGGUUACAUUGCUAAGAUAGCACCAGAUGAGGUAGACAAGUCCACAGAGUCGUGGUUCAUUCCCCACCACAUAGUGCACCACAAUGGAAAGGAUCGAAUAGUCUACAACUGUUCCUUCCAGUACCAUGGUCAGAGCUUGAAUGAACAACUCCUUCCAGGGCCAACACUUGGGCCAUCUCUGUUGGGCGUGAUCUUGAGGUUCCGGCAACAUGCAGUUGCAGUGAGCGGGGACAUAAAAGGCAUGUUCCACCAAGUACGUUUAUUACCUGGUGACAAAUCGGUACUGCGAUUCAUCUGGAGGAACAUGAACCAGGAAGCUCACCCAGACAUUUACGAGUGGCAAGUACUUCCCUUCGGUACGACCUGCAGCCCAUGCUGCGCCACUUACGCUCUUCAGUAUCAUGCCCAAGAAUACCGACAUACCAUGGCUGGAUUAGUUGACAUUGUAGAGACCUCAUUCUAUGUGGAUAACUGCCUUCACAGUACCCCCGAUCAAGGUGAGGCCAAGGCCAUAAUAGAUGGAUUGCGUCAGUCCUUGCUACAGGGAGGCUUUGAAAUCCGACAAUGGGCAUCCAAUGUGCCAUCCAUUCUCCGGCACCUCCCAUCGGAAGCCAGAUCAGCUAGUAGUGAGUGCUGGUUGUCUCAGAGUAGCACUGACCUGCAAGAACUUACACUCGGCUUACAAUGGAAUUGCCUCGACGACACCCUUGGGUAUAGAAACCGUGUAGCAGAACCUACUCAGCCCACUAUGAGGAACCUGUAUAAGACUUUGGCAAGCCAAUAUGACCCCUUGGGGUUCAUCCUUCCCUUCACCACGAGGGCAAAGACUCUGAUCCAGGAUCUCUGGAGACACAACCUAAGCUGGGAUGACCCUAUUGAACCCUUACAUCUGCGUGAGAAAUGGUCCACAUGGAUUGCAGAGCUUUCCAGUAUCACCAAACUACAAUUCCCUCGACCUUAUGCUCCUGGCAAGUCCGACACUCCGUCCACCGUCAGAGAGUUACAUGUCUUUUGCGAUGCCUCGGAGAGGGUAUAUGGAUCUGUCGCCUACCUUCAGGUCACCGACGAGAGUGAUGAAGUCCAUGUCACCUUUGUCCUUGCUCGAUCGAGAGUGGCCCCUAGGAAAUGUCUAUCUAUGCCCCGCCUGGAGUUGUGCGCGGCGCUCUCUGGAGCUCAGAUGGCCAAAGUCAUACAGACUGAACUUACCAUUCCCAUACACCAAGUCACAUACUGGACCGAUUCAACCACGGUGCUGCAUUGGUUAAAAUCAGAAUCUUGCCGAUACAAAGUCUUUGUGGGGUCCAGAGUAGCCGAGAUCCAGACACUGACAGAUGUUUCCAGAUGGCGGUAUGUUGACUCUGCUAGAAAUCCCGCUGACCACAUCACCAGGGGUCUUACUUUAGCGGAACUAGCUUGCCCCCACCAAUGGAGAUCCGGUCCUUCCUUCCUGACUCAACCACAGAAUAAGUGGCCAGCAUUACCCAGUACAGGAUCUGAACCAGACCUGAGUGAGAUGAAAAGAUCAUCCUUUGUUGGAGCAAUCACAGUUGUUCCCAGUCCAGUGCCUUUAGAUAUCAGUCAAUUCAGAACCUGGAAGGAGCUACUUCAAGCAACUGUGGAGUCCUGUGAUGGGGCGGCCAACUCUGACAACUCUUCUGAAGCCUCAAGGUAUAUACAGGCAGAGAAGCACCUCUUAGCACAGGCACAGCUUGAUUCAUUUCCAGAAGAAUUGCGGGCUUUGAAAGCUGGACAAUUCAUCUCGACAGACAGCCGAUUGAGGUCUCUCGCUCCAGAAUAUGACAAAGAUACUGGUCUUAUCAGAGUGGGAGGACGACUUCGUCGUAUUGAAACCCUGCCUCCUGAUGUCAUUCACCCUAUUGUUCUAGACCCUCAACAUCAGGUCACAAAGUUGCUCAUCCAAGACAUAGAUCAACAGCUCAAUCAUCCUGGUGCAGAACGAGUACUAGCGGAGCUACGCCGUCGAUAUUGGGUGCUUAGAGGCCGUGAAGCUGUGCGCAGACACCAACAUUUCUGUCAGGAUUGCCAAUUUUGGCGCUCCAAGCCACAGAACCCAAAGAUGGCUGACCUUCCACCAUGCAGGCUACGUCUGUUCAAGCCACCAUUCUUCUCCACUGGCGUAGACUGCUUCGGGCCCUUUCAGGUGAAGAUAGGUCGACGUCAAGAAAAGAGAUGGGGGAUCUUAUAUAAGUGCUUGACAACCAGAUGUUUACAUCUUGAUCUCCUUGAACACCUAGACACAGAUGCUUUUCUCCUGUCAUUACGACGCUUUAUAGCCCGCAGAGGGAAGCCCUUUGAGAUAUUAUGUGACAACGGCACCAACUUCACUGGAGGUGAUCAUGAGUUAAGAGAAUCCUUUAGUCAAAUGACACCUGAACUUCAGACACAACUGGCUAAACAGCAGAUCCAGUUUCGCCAUAUCCCACCGAGCGCCCCUCACUUUGGCGGUACAUGGGAGCGAGAGGUGAAGUCAGUUAAGACUGCUUUACGAGUCAUUUUACGGGAACAAUCCGUGCCUGAAUCUGUGCUGCAAACAUUAUUAGUGGAAGUAGAGGGCAUACUUAAUUCCAAGCCACUUGGCUAUGUUUCAUCGGACAUUGCAGACCCGGACCCUGUGACCCCGAACAUGUUACUCAUGGGACGCCGUGAUGCCUCCUUACCACAAGUCCUUUAUGACUCCAACGAGCUCUUGGGCAAACGCAGGUGGCGACAUAGCCAGGUAUUGGCUGAUCAGUUCUGGACUGCUUUCAUACGCAGCUAUCUACCAGAACUACAGGGCAGACAGAAAUGGACAUCGGAUGGCAAAGGGUUGGCAGUAGGACAAGUGGUGCUCCUAAUUGACCAUCAACUCCCACGAGCACUAUGGCCUGUGGGUACCGUGACAGAGACCUAUGCAGGAGCAGACAAGAGGAUUCGGACAGCUAAAGUCAAAGUCAAGGACAAAACAUAUCUGCGUCCUGUUGUGAAACUGAUUCCACUUCCUCCAAAGAGGGAUGGGGAUAAAGACACUUUGGAUGGCCUUUCUUAAGGGCUACAAUUAGCCUGCGGGUAAUUGGGGGCGGCAAUGUCAGAAAGACCAUAGGAACGGAAAUUAAGAAACCGUUUCUGACGGACUGAUAUUGUAGUUGCUACUUCCAGUACACUGAUGCAAUAGCCAGCUCCAGACGUGCGCUCUCCAUUAUUGUUCAAUGUUGUGCGUUCAUGCAAACAAAUACCACACACAACGCAAUAACCUAUGUCAAAUACUGCCAUUUGAGCCAUCACAUCUUCAGAUGAUGUUGUAAGGGAUAUUACUGCUUACCUGAAAGUACUAUUAAAGAAAAGCUUGAAAGGAUCCACAUCCACCAUGCCUGAUUCUCUAACCGGAAUCAAUGUCCAUAUUUGUCCGCCAGUAGAACUGAAAAUUUAACAAGGUUGACAGAGGUGGUAAUCUGCAACAAUUACACAUC